GGGCAUUGCGAGAUUGCUUGCUGCUAAUAUUCUAUUUAAAACUCAUGCUGCGAUACUCAUUAUAAGUCAGCAUAAAUAUAUAAUUUAUUCUUAAAAUAAUUAAGCAAUUUUUUUUACUCUUAUAUAUUUUCGAAAAGCAAAUAAUCACCACGGAUUAUAUGAUCGACUCCCCCUUGAAAGUAGACCCAGAGGACGUAAACAUAGAGAGGCGCAUAUAAUCACGACUCUUUAAGUCCGUGGACGAGCUAACUAAUUAAGCAAUAUUUACUGCUAUUGUGCAACGUUUCGGUGAACAUUCGUAUUAGUUCCAACAAGAAAAGCAGCAUCUUUCGCGGGGAAAAUGAGCAAUAUUUAUAUUCAAGAACCACCCACGAAUGGAAAGGUCUUGUUGAAGACCACUGCGGGUGACAUUGACAUCGAGCUGUGGGCCAAGGAAACUCCUACAGCAUGCAGGAACUUUGUGCAACUGUGUAUGGAAGGUUACUACGAUGGAACCAAAUUCCACAGAGUGGUGCCUGAAUUCAUAGUCCAGGGUGGGGAUCCAACUGGGACCGGGACAGGAGGAGAGUCCAUAUAUGGGAGGACGUUCAAGGAUGAAUUUCACUCCAGAUUGCGCUUCAAUCGGAGAGGUUUGGUUGCCAUGGCGAACGCCGGGCCGCACGAUAACGGCAGUCAGUUCUUCUUCACUCUGGGCCGCGCGGACGAGCUCAACAACAAACACACCAUAUUCGGCAAGGUGACGGGGGACACGGUGUAUAACAUGCUCAGGCUGGCGGAGGUGGAGUGUGAUGGCGACGAACGGCCUUUAAAUCCUCACAAGAUAAAAACCACUGAAGUGUUGCAUUCACCUUUUGAUGACAUUGAACCUCGGGAAACAAAGAAGGGAAAAAAGGAGAAAGAUAAGGAAGAAGGAAAGAAAUCACAGUCAAAAGCCACGAAGAACUUCAGUCUGUUGUCAUUCGGGGAGGAGGCUGAAGAGGACGAGGAGAUGGUCAAUCAAGUCAGUCAGAGCCUGAAGGGGAAAAGCAAAAGCAGUCACGACCUCCUGAAGGACGACCCCAGACUGAGCUCCGUUCCAGUUGUGGACAAAGGAGAGAAGGCAUCUGCAGAUGAAUCCCAGGAUGACAGCGAUGAGAAGACAAUGGAGCUGGUCCGAGCGAAGCUGCAGAAAGGCGAGAAAGCGAGGGAGCCUGACGAUGACGAAGAAAGAGGGAAGAAGAGCAAUCGGAGUGAAGAGUUGCGCAAAGAAGUACGCCAGUUGAAGAAGGAGCUGAAGGCGUUGAAGCAAAGAGAAGAUGGACCCAAGCCUGUUGUGGAGGACGUCAAGGAAGAGGUGAAAAAACCCUCCAGCGAGGCCGUCGCCGAGUAUCUGGAGGAGAGGAAGAAGUACGAGGAGCUGAGGAAAGGCAAGAAGAAGAAAGGCUCGGGCAGAGAAGAGCAGACGAUGGAUCUGCUCAACCGCUUUAAGUCCAAGUUGUCGACGGCCAUCAACGACGCUCCCGAGGUGGAGGAGGACGAGGAGGAGCUUGCCGAGGAUGACGACAGAGGCUGGCUGGGCCACGUUCUGCAGUGUGACGAGCAGACCCACAAAGUCAAAGACGCCAACAUGCAGGACGAGGACACCUUCGAGAUCUACGACCCCCGCAACCCCGUCAACAAGCGGCGGCGGGAGGAGAGCAAGAAAAUAAUGAAGGAGAAGAAGGCCAAGAGGUGAGGAUGUGGCGGGUCGAGGUCGUGGCUCAGGAUUUAGGAUGCGGACUGUCAUGGCGAUGGUCGUCAUGUGAUGAUGUUGGCGAGCAACGUGUGCUAAAUAAACACGCGUGCUAACAAGCAA